AUGAGACCAUCACACACUCAUUCGACUGCGCCAUCCGUUCACUCCAGACCGAGUUCGCGCAACUCUUCCCACAAUACCUCAUCUGCUGUCGCUUCGCCAUCUACACAAGCAAAGACGGACAAGCUUGCGGCGAAAGCGUCAUCCAACGUCAACAACGGGCUGUCUGGAAAGAAGGCGUCAGCGGCGAAGAAAUCAGCCAAAUCGCAACAACAGGCCGACCUCUCUAAACCCACCGACAACAGCUCCGCCGUUCCCGGCCUCAUCACCCUGACCAAGCCAAUGGCCCAAGAGAUGCAGGCAUCAAAGCAGCAGAAUGGUUCCUCCAAGGCCAAGAAGGGCAAGGAGGCCAAGUUUGCAGCCGACGAACGUUCAUCUACACCCGUCAAGAGCUCGCGUUCCAAGAAGUCCAAGUCCUCUCCCAAGGCGGACACCUCAGAGAUGCUUCUCUCCAAGUCGGCGCCCUCGGCUCCUCUCGCACACGCUCAGCAACCUGCACAAAACCAGCACAGCAACAACAAGGCUCCUGAACAGGCAGCAUCCGGGAUGACCUGGCAACAAGAGCUGUUCAAGAAUGCCUCCAAAUCCAACGCCGAUGCGUCGCAUGAAGGCAGCCGCUCCAGACGAGGCGGCAAAAAGUCAGCUCAGCACGCCGCGACCAAGCAUGACGGCAAUCUCGCCCAUCCUCAGCAAGUGCAAGAUGGCCGCGACUCACCUGCUCUGACUUGGCAGCAAGAGCUUCUCGGUGCCAAGAAGCGCACCGGCCCCCAGUACGACGUCUUUGCCGAUGCUCGCGAUGUCGAGACCUUUGGAGCUGAUGAUGGCUCCGCACAGGGCAACGGCCACGCACAAGGCAAAGCGGGCAAGAGACGACCACGCACCGGCAGCUUCGGCUCCGGCGGACAGCAGAAGAACGGCAAAGGCGCAAGCAAAGGCCGCGGCAACGACGUCGCUCUCCACAUCGAUGAUCUCUUCGAGUCUGCAAAGGCAGAUCAGAUGAGCAAAUCCAAGUCUGCACAAUCUCAGCGCAACGGCGGUGCUGCGGGCAACCACGCUGCUCAUCUCAUCUCUCAGUAUCCCGCCCACGGCGCUCCGAUCCACAUCGCGCCUUCCACCCCUGUCAAGAAAGCGGGCAACAGCAACGGCAAUCAACAGCAUCCCGCAGUGGCCGCUGCCAUUGCAUACGCCGGUCCCAACUUCCACAACUCCCCUUCGCCCGCCAGUCUGCCCGCUCCCAAAUUCCAGAAUCGCCUCGGCAAGAACAGCUCGGAACUUGAUCGAAGCACCAUGCGUCCUUCCUCGCUCGCCAUGGGCAGCAGCGGAGAGUCAGGCGGUAGCGACGAUGAGGUUGAAGAGCUGACCCGUGGCGUGCGUGGCACCACCGCUCCCGCCGAAAUGACCUCGACCCCCUCCAAGGCGCCUACUCCCGCUGUCGCACCUUCUAGCACCGUUGCUGCAGCCGAGUCGCCUGCGCCCAAGCCUAGCAUGCAGCCGGGUGCCACUGUCGAGAGUCUUCUUGCUCGCAUGUUGGGAGGUGCUAGACUCAGCUGA